AUGGAUGGAGGAACACCUAAGAAGUAUUCAGCCCGACAAUUCAUUUUCAACAUAAGAUUCCUACUCAUUGUAGCUGCAGUGGUGAUUGCAAUCAUUAUUACAAUAGGAGUUGGUGUGGGCGUUCCCGACAGAUGCCUUGGGAAGUUUCCAUGUCCAUCCUCAUACAAAUGCAUUCGAACUUCAGCGAGAUGUGAUGGAGUUGUAGACUGUGUAGGGGGAGAAGAUGAGUACAACUGUGUGAGACUCAGUGGCAAGAAUUCAGUGUUACAGGUCUUCUCUUCUGGAUCAUGGCGAACUGUCUGCUAUGAAGACUGGAGUGAAACCUCUGGUCGUGCUGCCUGUAAGCAGCUUGGUUACUCCAGGUACAUUAACUCAAGUUUCCUGCCCGUCUCUGAAGUAGAAGACCAGUUUCAAAAAGAAUUUGCUUCUAUUAAUUUAAACCAUACAAAAGGUACUAAUAACCCAAAGUUACACGAUGGGACUUUGCUGAGAGACCAUUGUAAUAGAGGUUUUGUAACAACUCUAAAAUGUAUAGAGUGUGGAUCACGGCCUGUAUACACACCAAGAAUAGUUGGAGGAAAUGAUUCCAGAAUAGGACAAUGGCCUUGGCAAGUUAGCCUUCACUUCAAAGGACAGCAUUUGUGUGGAGGAGCCAUAAUUACAUCACAGUGGAUAGCAACAGCUGCACAUUGUGUUGUUGAUUUUGAUGACGUUACAUCUUGGGCUGUCCUGUUGGGUAUAGUAAAUCAGCCAGUGACUCAGGUUUUAGCACAUUCUGUGGAAAAGAUCAUAUACAACCCACGAUAUAAAUCACAGUCCAAUGGCUAUGAUAUAGCCCUAAUGAAGCUCAAGAAACUCCUCACUUUUAAUGGUUAUAUAGAGCCAAUCUGCCUCCCUAACUAUGGUGAAGAUUAUCCUGAAGGGGAGCUAUGCUGGAUAUCUGGCUGGGGUGCAACAGUUGAAGGAGGAGAUUCUCCGAUCCAAAUGAAAUAUGCUGCUGUACCUUUAAUAUCUAGCAAAGUUUGUAAUCAACCCACUGUGUACUGGGGAGCAAUAACUCCUACAAUGAUUUGUGCUGGGUAUCUGCAAGGAGGCAUUGACUCCUGUCAGGGAGAUAGUGGAGGCCCCCUAGCCUGUGAGGACAAUAAUGCUUGGAAAUUGGUGGGAAUAACCAGCUGGGGAAUGGGAUGUGCAGAAGUAAACAAACCUGGGGUCUAUUCAAGGAUAUCAUCAUUACUAGACUGGAUCUAUCAACAAAUGGAGAAUGAAGCAUCAAACCCAUGAAGCAGUAUCCAUGACAUAACUCCCAUUCCUGAAAGAAGAAUUUGUGUGUAUGAUUCUAUAAAUUAAUUUCUUUACAUAGUCAACAGCAUUUAUAAACAUGAGUUAAGUAUAUGUAAAACAUUCCUGAGUUCACCACAUUGUAUGUUAGUGUAAUAGUACAAUGUUGUCAAUGCUAACACCAGGAUAUUACCUGGCAUGUUAUUCCCUUGAAUGUUUCUUAUCCUUACUGGCUGCCCCUUGUUCAGCAUUGCCUCAUGUGAUGGUACAGUACAUACAUAUGUAUUACUUCAUGCAAAGGCCGGGCAUCUUUGAAAGUAUUCUUUGAGCUGCAUCUAAUAUCUGGAUCUAGAAUGAGAGAGCAUUUGUCUAGAUGUUUACAGUUGUCAUUCUGUUUUGUAAAUUAUUAUUUAUCAUAACUUGUUAAUAAAGGUGUCCCUAAUCUAC